GUUCGCCGUUGUGGACCUGUGUCGGAGAGCGUCGUGCGUUCCGUGGACCCAAGCAGGACGAUGAGCGCAGAGCAGGCAAAGCUGGUGACCGAAACGGACGUCACCAAUGGACACGGGGAUGAAGCGGUCCCCGAGUUGCCAGCGUAUCUCUACGACGCGCUAGAAAAACUGGCGCCGCGGGAAGGCUUCACGGAGGGCCGAUUUUCGAUCACGUUCGAUCUGGGGUCCAGCAAGGGCGAUGGGUUCGUCGGGCAGAUGUUCAAAACCAUCGUGACGGAAGGCACUCGGAGCGUGCCGUAUCUGUGCAAGAUCCCACCGCUGGAUGACACGCGCCGUGAACAGUUCCACGCGAUGGCGGCCUUCGCCCGCGAGGCUCUCGUGUACGAGAAGUUUCUACCAAAGAUCUACGAGUAUCAACGGGAGAAGGGUCUAACAAACCCCGAGGAAGGAUUCUUCCAUGCUCCUCGGUGCUACCAUGCACAUUGUGACGAGGCGGCGCAAGAAUCGGUGAUCGUGAUGGAGGAUCUUCGAAUGCGCGACUUCCAGCUGUGGAACAAACACAAUCCGAUCGACUACGAUCAUGCGAAGCUUUUCAUGGAGCACAUCGGAAGGCUACACGCCGUUUCACUGGCCAUGAAACGGGACCGACCGGAGGAGUUUGAGCCGUUUAAGCUUCAGAAUCCCUUCGAUCCGCUGCUAGUCGAGGGCGGUCCUUUCCACAACAUGCUACUGUCGCAGUUCCAAAUGGUGAUCGAUGCGCUCGACGAGCGGGAUACCGUCGAGCGGACAAAGGUGGAGCAGCUGAAGCGGGUUAUCUUCGACGAAAUGCAACGGUGUGGAAAUGCGGCCCUAGCCGAACCGUACGCUGUGAUCAACCAUGGCGAUUGCUGGACCAACAACAUGAUGUUUCGAUAUAAGGAUGGAAAAGCAGACGAGAUAAUCCUCUUCGACUGGCAAGUGAUGCGCUACGUAUCUCCGGUGCUGGAUUUGGUAUACUUCAUCUUUUGCUGUUCAGAUGAGGACUUCCGCAGGAAGCAUUACGACGGAAUGAUCGAUAUUUACUACCGUUCGCUGUCGGACACACUCGAAAAGCUGCAGCACGCGGCCGACGAGCUGUUUCCCCGCGAAGUUCUGGAUGAGCAUCUUCGGCUGUUCGGUCGAUAUGGGCUGCUGAUGGGCAUGUUUCUCGUACCGAUGAUGUGCACUGAGGCCAACGAACUACCGGACAUGGAGGAGAUGGCGCAACGGAUGCAGCAGACGGAACGAGGUUUGAACGAAAGCUUCUUCAAAACUACUGAAUCCAACAAAAGUGUGUUCCGGAAAAGGAUGAGCGGAGUCGUGAAGGACUGCAUACGAUUUGGGUACUUAUGAAGUGCAGAGCGUUUGGAGAUUGAAUCGACCUUAAAAGGGUACAAUAAGACCAACACAGAAUUUGUCUGUGGUUAACCGCCAUUAUAGGCAUCACAUGUGGAGUAUGACCAAAAAUGGCCCUACUGUAUGCUCUAUAAUAAUAAAAGAUAAGAUAAAAGUAGUGAUAAGCUUGUUGUUAAACAUUUGCUUCACGUUGUUUUCACAAACCAGUUCACUCCAGUUCACAACAGCACAGAGGACAGUUUCGAAAUAAACAGAAGAAC